AUGGCCACUUCCGAGGCUAUGGAGGACGUGCAGAUGGGCGCAAAAAGAUCAGGCCUGGAUAUGGAGAGUCUCAAAUUCAAGAAAUUCAAAGCAGAAGAUCUUCCUUUGUCUUCGGCGCAGCAUGCGAGCAUUGACAAACUCCUGCACUCAUUUAAAAAGAAAGGUGGAUUUGACAGCAUUCGCAAGAAGAUCUGGGCUGACUUCAAUGAUGGUGAAUUCAAAACCAAGUUUACCGACGAGUUGAUCGCAUUGGCCGAGUCGGAAAUCGAGCGCGAACCCGCCCAUCUUUCACGCGAGAGAGGAAAAGCUGCGACUUUGAUUGAGGGUGCCGUCGACCGAAGUGAUGUCUACAAGAACGUCGAGGUAUCCAUCGACAAGCUAACAUCCAAUCACCUGGAGUCAAUACUUGAUGCUGUGCGUGAGAUCCGUCGACAAGAAAUUGGCGACGAGGCAGCUGCUAAAGAAGAAGAGGGGGGCAAGAAGACGGAUGCGGAAUUUGAGGCUCACGUGCAAGCCAAGCGAGAGGAACGAGAUGCGAUCUGGCGCGAGGAAAUGCGCAAGCAAAAGGAGAUCGACGAUGAGCAAAAACGCAUUAGAGACGAAGAACGCCGCAAAAAGCGGGAAUUGGAGCGACAGAAGGAAGAUGAAGAAAGGGCGAAGAGGAAAGAGAUCGACGACCAACGACGGGCUGAGCGUGAACGUGAGCGUGAGGAACAAAGAGCUCUUGAUGACAAACGAGAACGGGAGCUAGAGGAGAGAUACCAACGGCGCAGAAGAGAUGACCGUGAACGGUAUCGCGAUUACGACCGGUGGAAUGAUUACUCGCCGGCCCAUCGCUCCGAUCGUGGAUUGUCACCACGCAGCCGAGACACAAAACGAGAGAAGUCUGCCGUAUCAAAAGAUGCAACCCCUGCACCAGUACCUGUGGAUGAAAAGUCACUCGAGGAAGCUGCUCUGCAAAUGCUGCUGAAGGAGGGAGAGGAGCUCGCAGCGAAGGCACGCCAAAAGCCCGAUUUUGAUUUUGAAAAGGCCGAGGCUCUUGAGAGUGGAUUGAAACUACAAAGCAGCGACUCAAAGUUGGUUAGUGGCUCGACUAGAGCGACCAGCAUAUCCCGCGACUCCAGGCCCCGCGAGUCCAUAUCGGAUCGAAGAGAUCGUACUCGACCACAUACCCGAGACCGGAGCCGGAGCCGCUCUCGUCGACGUCGACGAGAUCGGUCUAGAGAUAUUUCAGUGAGAUCUCGCGAUCGUGACCGUGACAUGGAUGAACGCCGUGGCUUCCGUGAUUUCCGUGAUUCCCGAGAUGACCGAAGCUAUCGGCCAAGCCGUCGCAGUCGCAGUCGAUCAGCGGUUAGGGAACGGGAUCGUGACAGAGACAGAGUUCGAGCACGUUCCAGAUCCCGCGAACGAGACUCUGAACGUCGCCGUGACAGAAGCAGAGACCGUGACCGUGAGUACCGUCCCCGUCGCAGAUCUCCUUCUCGCCGACGCUCCCGCUCCCGAUCUCGAUCUCGCAAUCGGGUCCGAGAAGCGCGUUCUCGCUCUCGGUCAAACCCUCCGCGGAGACGCUCUCGUUCUCGAUCUACUGCCGCGCGUCGAAGGUCACGGUCCCGUCGCGCCUCACGCACUCGUCGGUCUUCCCCAGCUAGACGGGGCUCGCCUUCUCUUGAUAUCGACCGUUACGUACCGUCGACCAGCAACCGAAGCAAGUCACCCCGUCGUCGAGCCCGCUCCCCGGAGCGCGAACAAAGAUCGCGACUUGGCGAAAUUGAUCGAUAUAUCCCUGCCUCUGAACGAGACACCGGCAAAGAAAAAGAAGACAAAAUCACAACAGAGCCGAUAAAAGAAGCAGAUGACCGAAGCACUCGUCGGCGGAGUCGUAGCCGACGAAGGAGCCCAAGCCGUCGCCGAAGUCGCACCCCAAGACGAAGCCGAGGAAACUAA